ACGGCGGGAAACGGCCGAGGAGGCGCCACCCGCGGGACCGGCGGGAGCCGGGACAUCCCAAGGAACAUCCCGGGACAUUCGGGAGCACCGGGACAUCCCAGGGAACAUCCCGGAAUAUUCGAGAGCGUCGGGACAUCCCACGGAGCAACCCGGACACUCCGGGGCACGGGACAUCCCAGAGAGCACCCCGGGCGCUCGGAGGUACUGGGACGCACCGUGGAGCAGCACAGGGACGCUCUGGAGGAGCAUCACAGGGCCCUCCGGGGGGACACGCCGGAGGAGCAUCCCGGGACAGCCCGAUGAUGAUCUCGUAGCUGAAUUCUUCCUCGUUUUGUUUUAGAUUUUUUCCUGCUCGGGCAGGAAUCUUUAGUCUGCUUGCCCCCGCCGAGGCCGGGUGGAGCUGACGAUGCUGGAGGCAAGCUGAAGGCAAUGGCUCACCCUGGAAGGCCUUGCAGAGUCGGGCCCUGUGUGACAGGAGAAAUUGCAAAUCGACAAAGAGAGGCUCAUUGAAUUAUUUUUGGGAUAGGAUCCACCAUGCUCCUGUCCCAUCAGGGACUGCUGCUUGGUUUGUGGGCCAGUGUUGCUUUUUUAACAUGGGCUUCUGGAGCUUUUUCUCAGAUAGUGAAGAGUGGAGGGAAGAGAAAAUAUAUUAGUGGGAGGAAAGGCAGGUUUGUGAACUGUUGCUUAAAAGAAAGGGGAAUAUUUAAUGUGUUGACAUGUCUGAAGAUGCUUUAUUGGAAGAGGACAUUUGGGAGUACAAAUCCAUUAGGAAGCGAAAACAUCAGAUUAACUCACAGAGCAUCUCCACUCCUGUGCAGGAAGUAAGUGUUGGCAAAGGCAGGCCAAAAAGAAAGAGAAAUAGGAAAAAUAAAUCGACAGAAAAAACUGGUACACCUCAGAAAGCCAAGCAGAGCUCACGGGCAGGUCAGGAGGUGGAUGAAUGUAAAGAAGACAGUAGUGUGCACUCCCAGGACAGUGUAGGUAGCCUGGCAGAGCAGAGCUCACAAAAUACAAAGCCUGUUCACGAUGGAUUCUGUCCCAGCUGCCAGAUGCCCUUCUCUUUGCUAUUGGUCCAGACACCUCAGUGGCACGUCUAUGAAUGUUUGGAAACUCCAGGACCCAUCGAGAAAGAGUGUCCUGAUGGUCUGCAGUGCACCUCCACUAUUCCAUCCCACUACAAGCGUUACAGCCACUUUCUGCUUGCAGCAAACAGGGCAGGGGAGUACCUUGUACACCCUUUGGGAACCCCCGUGGAGAUGAAGAUGACAUGUUCUACUGCUGCAAAGCCCAGCUGUUCCCCAAGUUAUGCAGAGGAAACCUCAGGGAAUGAGAAACCCUCUACUGAAAUAAAGCACGACCCAGACGAUGAUUGUGCAUCAAUGGUACAGAAUUCAUCACAAAUGAAGUCUCCAAAUAGAAUCAGUGGAAGCACUUCCUUCUUUGCAGGUGUUGAAAAACCUCAGCAGACACUUCAGCUUCCACAGACAGCAGAUAAUCAUUGUAAAUUUGAAUUUUUUGAUUUUGCAUCCUCUCAAGAAAGUGAAACAGGAAAACAUCUGUGUGUGGAGAAAGAUGCAAGUCAGCCAAGUCUGCUACAGUCAGGAGUGGAUUUCAAUGACUACGGAAUUUCUUACUCACCACUAAGUACAUUUGAGGAAAGUGAAGAAGAAGAGGAGGAAAAAGUAAAAGUAUCACAGAAUAAAUUAUUUGAAUUGCAGAACUCAGAAGAAGACUCCAAUUCUGUGGCAUUUAAAACAUUUGAUGGACUUCUCUUACAGAGGAGGCCUCAGUAUGAGCAUGCAAAAAUGGAAAAUUUCAUAACUAAAAAAACCCUCUGUGGGGAAGAAAGUACACUGAAGCAUCUAGAUCCUCAGCAAAGGGUGGUAGCCAGUGGAUCCUCUUCUGCUUGUAGUUACAGGGAGGCUGAACAGCCAGAAGUCAUUUCCUCUGCUGCCAAAGCAGGAGCCACAGAGUCAGAAGAUGCUGGUGCUUGUGCUCUGGAUUCUGCACACGUGAGUUUUACUGGGACAUCAUCGCUGCUAGACACAGAAGAUGUUGGCUCUCUUCUGGCACAGAAGAGUAAUGUUUCGAGGGAGCCAAGUAACAUUUUAACUGGUACAGAUAAAAUGACUGCCAGUGCAAUUGGAAAAACAGCUCACCAGGAGAGUUUGCAGACAGCAGUGGGGAAAAAAGGAAAUCCUAGUACAGCUGCUGUGUGCUUUCCCAGCCCCAUCUCUUCUAAAUCAGUGCCAUCUCUUUCAUUAGCAACUGUGAGCACCAAAUCCAGUCCUGCCAAAGAACUUAAACAAAUGGACAUUGGUGUUUUCUUUGGGUUAAAACCCAAAGCAAAGGAGGAGCACAAAGGAGAGGCGUGUUUGAAGGAGAAACUGCACCUGGUAUCUGCUUUAUCUCCUAAUGGAAAGAGGCCCAGACAGCAAAAAAGGAAGGCUGAGGGGUCUGUGGAAGAUGUGGAAGCAGUUACAGAAAGUUCAAGUAAAAAUGAAGCCAUUGCAGAUGUACCUUCUGGUGGCCAACGAAGGUGGAGAAAAAAAUUUAAAGAAUUACCUGCUGCAGGUGAAGAACCAAGAAAAAAACACUGCCCCUUCUACAAGAAAAUACCAGGAACUGGUUUUACAGUUGAUGCCUUCCAGUAUGGAGAAAUUGAAGGCUGCACAGCUUAUUUCCUUACUCAUUUUCACUCUGACCACUACAGUGGACUAACAAAAAACUUCAGGUUUCCAAUCUACUGUAAUAAGAUAACUGGCAACCUGGUGAAGAGCAAGCUCCGAGUUCAGGAGCAGUAUGUCCACGUGCUGCCCAUGGACACACAGUGUGUGGUCAAUGGGAUCAAAGUGCUGUUGCUCGAUGCCAAUCAUUGUCCAGGUGCAGCAAUGAUCCUUUUCUACUUGCCAAGUGGGGCUGUUAUUCUGCACACUGGGGACUUCAGAGCAGACCCUUCCAUGGAGCGCUACCCUGCUCUGAUGGGCCAGAAAGUCCACACCCUUUACCUUGAUACCACAUACUGUAGCCCUGAGUACACUUUUCCUGCCCAGCAAGACGUUAUCCAGUUUGCUGUCAACAUUGCCUUUGAGACCGUGACUUUAAACCCACGAACUCUAGUUGUCUGUGGCACUUACUCCAUUGGAAAAGAAAAAGUUUUCUUAGCAAUUGCUGAAGUUCUGGGCUCAAAAGCGAGUAUGUCCCGUGACAAAUACAAAACCCUGCAGUGCUUGGAGUCAGCAGCUGUCAAUUCCCUCAUCAGUGUGGACUGGAAGGGUACUUUGCUUCAUGUUCUUCCCAUGAUGCAAAUUAAUUUUAAGGGCUUGCAAGAUCACUUGAAUAAGUUUUCUGAGAAUUUUGAUCAAAUUCUGGCUUUCAAACCUACGGGGUGGACCUACUCUGAUUCAUGCCUUACUCUGGAGGAUAUCAAGCCUCAGACAAGAGGAAAAAUCACUAUAUAUGGGAUUCCUUACAGUGAACACAGCAGUUACCUGGAAAUGAAGCGUUUUGUUCAGUGGUUGAAGCCACAGAAAAUCAUCCCCACUGUCAAUGUUGGUGACUGGAGAGACAGAAGCUUGAUGGAAAUGCAUUUUAGAGACUGGAUGACCGAGGGCAAUAGGCAUAAAUAAAUAUAAAGAAGAAUGUAUAUUUCAAAGGAAUUUGGACUGGAAUGGGAAUUGAGUUCCUGUGAGUUUUAUUUAUCUCCCUUUUCCUUGAAGCUUUCUUUAGGGAGGACUAAACUGCCAUUCUUUGAAGAAAGAGAUAAAUUUGGGAAAAGAAAAAAAAGGCACCUUGCUUUCUUGUGUAUCUACUACUUUUUGUUUCCCCAUAACAUACCAUUUUUGCAGGUUCAUAUUUUAGGUUAUUUUUAUCUUACUCAUUUUCCCCUGUUCUUAAUUUUUCUCAGUUUGUGGAGGUGCUCAGAUGUGUAAUGCUGGGGAUUCAACAGUCUCCAGGAUAAUUUCUGAAAAUAAGUUAUUGUAAUAAAUGAGACAAUACUAAGCCUAUGUCACAUGCUGUCAACUCAGGCUUCAGAGAAGCUCAUUUCAUGAGACAGAACUGACUAUAGUGAUUGAAAUAUUGUUUAAAAAAACUUAACUUGUGAGAGAGUACUGACAUAGGCUCCUGCAGCAUAUGUAUGUACUUUAGACAAUUGUUUACAGAAGACACUUCUACAUUCUGCUCAAGAUUUUUUGCCUUUUUUUUAAGUGAUCUUUUUUAAAAUAAAAAGUAUGUCUUAUACCUA